UGCAUCAAUUUAAAUAAAAAGAAAACAAAAUAAACUUCCCCUUCCUCCCUUUCGGGCUCGGCCCAAAAUCCUCUCUCCUUCCCCUCCCGCGGCCCGGCUUGCCUCCCCUUUUUGGCGCAAGUCUGCUUUUCCUCCCUCCCGGCCUCCCCUCUCACUCAGGCCGACAGGUGGGACCCGUGGACCCCACCUGUCAUCCCCAACCUCCGGCCAGCUCCAACCGCCGCCCACGCCGCCCACUCCCUCCGCCGAUCCCGCACCUCCCCUCGUCCCAACCGGCGUGGACCCGAGACCCCUUCCACCUCGCGACCACAUCCCGCCCCACUCCCCCUCUCUCCCCGCGGGAAUCAACGCCACGCCGAGCCGCCACACCCCCACGACGCCGCCCCACUUCCCCUCGAAAUCCGCCGCUCCCCGGCCCUCUCCUCGCCCCCUUGAGCUAUAAAAUCAAUCCCCGUGGACUCCUCUUCCUUUUUCCCCGUUUUCCCGAGUCCCCCACGCCCUCUACCGAGCUCUCCACGCCGAUCCCCUUCGCCGCCGCUCGCCGGCGAUCUCCAGCCGCCCGCCACCGCCGCUCCCGUCGCUGCCGCGCUGCGCCGCCACCACCUAUAGCAUCACACCACCCCACCGCACCCCGGCAUCCACUCCAUCUCCCUCCUCCACCGCCGGAACCACCUUCCCAUCGCGAGGCCGAGCCACUACCGCCACACACCGCCUUCAGCCGGCCGCUGCCGCUGCGUUAGUCGUCGCCGCACCUCGCCGCUUGCGCCGUCGGCAACGCCGUGCCAAGCUCUACCCCGGCCUCCGCUCCGUUUCCCCAUUCCACCACCGCAACCACCCUUCCACCGUGCAUCCCGAGCCACCUCCACCAUACGCCGCCUCCAGCCGUGUGCCACCGUCGCCUUAGCCGCCGCCGCGUCGCUCCGUCUUCACCUCUCGCCUCGCAGCGCCGUGCAGCACCUCGGUCACCGUUGUUCAUCGCCGGAAACCCACCGGAACGUGGUACCUCUCGGUCGCCGGUCUUGCCGGCCCUCGGCCGCGGCUCCGCCAUGGUCGGGCGUCGUCGGACCGCCGUUCCCGUCGCCUCCCGUGUCGGCCGCCGCCAUCCUUUCCGCCGCCGGUCGCCUCCCCAUGGUCGUCCCGUCGCCGGCGCUCCUCGCGUGUAGUUUCCGUCGUUUCGGAAGUCCGCGGUCGCGAGGAAAAGAGUUCAGAAGAUCAAAGUGAAGAAGCAAGAAGUGUAGUGCUUCUGAGCUGAAGAUGGAGUUAGAGGACCAAGGCUCAGACCCCAGUUGAGUUUUGCCUGUGGAGUGGAGCUGAAGCCCCGCUAGGAUCGCCUUUUUCCGCUGCUGCUGCUUUUGUUUCGGUGUGAGGACUAAGUGCCUCUUCUAGGUCCAGAUAGCUAGAGAGGCCAUUGAGAGAUCAUCAUCGGAGCUAGCUAGCUAGCCAUGGCGACCUACCGGCCGGGCAGCAAUACCCUCCUCAAGUCCGACUCCAUCCUCGAGUAUGUGCUGGACACGACGGUGUACCCGCGGGAGCACGAGCGCUUGCGCGAGCUCCGCCUCAUCACGCAGAACCAUCCCAAGUCGUUCAUGGGGUCGUCGCCGGACCAGAUGCAGUUCUUCUCCGUGCUACUCAAGAUGAUCGGCGCCAGGAACGCCGUCGAGGUCGGCGUCUUCACCGGCUACUCGCUGCUCGCCACCGCGCUGGCCCUCCCCGACGACGGCAAGGUGGUGGCCAUCGACGUGAGCCGGGAGUACUACGAGCUGGGGCGCCCGGUGAUCGAGGACGCCGGCGUCGCGCACAAGGUCGACUUCCGCCACGGCGACGGGCUCGCCGUGCUCGACCAGCUGCUCGCCGGCGGCGAGGGGAAGUUCGACUUCGCGUACGCGGACGCGGACAAGGAGCAGUACCGCGGGUACCACGAGCGGCUGGUGCGGCUGCUGCGCGUCGGCGGCGUGGUCGCGUACGACAACACGCUGUGGGGCGGGUCCGUGGCAAUGCCGCGCGACACGCCGGGGAGCUCGGCGUACGACCGCGUGGUGCGCGACUACAUGGUCGGGUUCAACGCCAUGGUCGCCGCCGACGACCGCGUCGAGGCAUGCCUGCUCCCCGUCGCCGACGGCGUCACGCUGUGCCGCCGCCUCAAGUGAGAUCGACCGAUCGAUCGGGCAAUCUUAGAAAUGCGCUAGAGUGUCUAUACCCUCUCGGUCUCAAAAUAAAACAACCUCGUAGUAGUAUGAUGUUUAUUUUAGGACAUUGUAAUAGGUGGUUGAUUUAUUUUGCGUAGGAGAGAGUACGUUGCUCUACUGUUGCUGUUGAUCUUGUCGUACAAUAAUUGAAGUUCAAAUUCAACGUCAACUUUUCCA